CUCCCCCAGUGACCGACGACAUUUGACCCCAGCAUUCUUGUCCGUGCACGAUGGUUGUCUUGUCUGCUGCGCUCCUCUCGAAGAACGGCAAAGUCAUGGUGGCGCGCCAGUUCGUUGAAGUGUCACGAAUUCGCCUAGAGGGCCUCUUGACGGCGUUUCCCAAGCUCUUGGCGAGCGAGACCCGCCAACACACGUUCAUCGACACGGAGAGCGUGCGUUACGUAUACCAACCGAUCGAAUCGUUCUUUCUCUUGCUCAUCACGAACAAGACGAGCAACAUUGUGGAAGACUUGCACACGAUGCAGUUGAUGGCAAAAUUGGUCCCAGACAUCUGCGGGCCCUUGACCGAGGCGCACAUUCGGGAAAAGCAAUUUGACCUUGUGUUCGGGUUUGACGAGCUCUUGACGGCGGGAGGGCACGCCGAGCAGAUCAACUUGCAGCAAAUUCGAACCAACCUGGAGAUGGAAUCGCACGAAGAAAAGCUCCAUCUCAUGAUCCAAAAGACAAAGCUCGAAAACGCAACCGCCGAUCGCAAGCGCCAGGAAGCGCGCAUCAAAGAGGAGCAGCGCGAAAAGGCGCGGCAAGAGCGCGCCGCGGGCAUUACGUCCAAGGCCUCUGGCUAUACUGGUUUUGGCAGUGGCUUUGCGUCCCCCACGGCGUCUUCGUACUCGUCACAGUCGUCUUUCGGGUCGUCCGCGCCAAAGGAGUACACCCCCGAGCCUGUCAAGUCAUCGUCUUCGCUCGCCACGUCAAAGGCGUCUUCUGGCAUGAAGCUCGGUGGCGGCAGCAAGAAGGGCAGCAGUUUCCUGGACGCAAUGGCUGCCGAAGACGACCUCAAGGACAUUCCGCCGGUUGUGUCGGCUGCAGCGAGUAUCGCCGCGCCGUCCGAGACAAAAUUGCCCGAAGUAGCUGUGAGCUCGGACCCAGUGUCGCUCGCGAUCGAAGAAAAGGUGUCGGUGCAACUUAACCGCGACGGUGCCGUCGAACAACUUGAAGUGAAGGGCAGUUUGUUUGUCGCUGGCAACGACCCAGAGAGUUCAGCGUGCCGGCUGCAUCUGCAACACUCCACCGCGAACGGGGUGAACUUUCAAACGCAUCCAAAGGUGGACAAGAAGCUGUUUGAAGCGCAGUCGAUCCUGGCGUUGAAGGACGACACGAAGCCGUUCCCAGCUUCUCGCGUUGCCGUCUUGAGAUGGGCGAUCAAGACCCAGGACGAGUCAUUCCUUCCGCUCAACAUCACAUGCUGGCCCGAGGAAGAGGCGAACGGCAAGAUGACCGUCAGCUUGGAGUACUCGAUGGACCGCGACAUGGUCCUCGAGAACGUUGUGAUUCAAGUCCCGACAGGGGUAGUGGACCCGCCGCACAUUUCGCAAAUCGAUGGCGAAUACCGCCACAACCCGACGGACAAUGUGGUGCUCUGGCGCAUUCCGUCCAUCUCGUCGUCGAACAGCACAGGGUCGCUCGAGUUUACCAUCCGCGGCCAAAACUUGGAUGCGUACUUCCCGAUUCAAGUGUCGUUCUACUCGCGCACGACGUACUGCGACCUGGCCGUGCAGCACGUGCUCAAGACGGCCGAUCAAAGCCCUGUCCAGUACGGAUUUGAUCAGCUCCUGUCGACAGAGUCCUACGUCGUGCAGUAGAUGCUUGUGCAGUAGUCGCAAUAAUCCAUCCACGCUCUAUAUUGUGCAUA